CUCUCUCGCCCCUUAUCACUUUGGUGUGGUUUUUGCUUCGCUUAUCUUGUUGUUUUAGUUUCAAUGGCCUCAAGCAGCCAAACAGCAUCCUCAUCUCAUCCUUCAUCAUCUGCUCCUCAGUGGAAGUACGAUAUUUUUCUGAGUUUCCGGGGUGAAGAUACUUAGAAGACUACUGUUCCCUUUAUAUACCAGGAAUUGCAAAACAUAGAAAUUGAAACAUUCAUGGAUGACACAGGGCUUAGCAGAGGGACGUCUAUUGCUCCGAGUCUGUUAACAGCAAUCCAAGAAUCCUGGUCAGCGAUCAUUGUUCUUUCACCAAACUAUGCGUAUUCUAGAUGGUGUUUGGACGAAUUGACAAUGAUCAUUCAGUGCAUGGAAGAUAAGAGCACAACAGUCAUCCCAAUCUUUUAUGAUGUAGAUCCCUCUGAUGUGCAACAUCAGAGAGGGAGUUUUGCAACUACCUUCACUAGUCCCCAAGAAAGGCUCGCGCAAGACGAUGACUACCCAAAUAAGUUGAACCAGUGGAGAGUUGCUUUAACAAAAGUUGCAGAUCUCUCUGGCUUGGAAUCAAACAAAUAUAGUUCUGACUUAGAACUUGUCAAAGACAUUGUGGAAACCGUGUACAGUAAAUUACGACCUAUUGAUGUUGAGUGGGCAUUGUCAUCUACCGGGGAUUUUGUAGCAUUUGAAGCAACAAGACGAGCCAUGGACAAGGUAAUAAGGGCACUUCAAGAUGAUGGGAUCACUGCCAUUGGGGUCUUUGGUAUGGGAGGCGUUGGCAAGACAAGUAUGGUGAAACAGGUCGGUGCACAAGCCCGGAAAAUUGGGCUCUUUAAUCAUGUGAUUAUGGCUAUCGUAUCCCAAACACCUAAUUUGAGAAACAUUCAAGGCACACUGGCUGAUCUGCUUGGCUUAAAGUUGCAGGAGGAGACAGAUAUUGGAAGCGCAGCAAGAAUAGCAGAGAAGAUAUUAUGA